CAGCGAUAACAGACACAUGUUUCCAGCAGAGUCGAGGCGGAAGAGCUGUCAUGGAGCUGAGUUCAUUGCUCAAAGUCAUCUGAAUGAGACAGAAUGAGUGAAAGUGUGUUUGUGUGUUUCUCACACACUAGAUCGGAUUUACAGGAAUCAGCUGAGCCGAGUGUUUUGGUAGUUGUCUGCUGGGUUAUGAGCGGCCAGCGGUCAGCCUGAAGAUGGGUCAUCUCUCACUUAAUAUCUCCAUCUUCAGCAGCAGGAAUGGAUCUGACCCCCCCUCCGUCCCCCCCUGUAUGUCCAUCGACAAGCUCCUUCCAGCCCUGCUCGAGUGUUUCGGGAUCAUUCUCUGCGGAUACAUCGCAGGCCGUACAAACAUCAUCCCAGCUACACAAGCUAAAGGACUGGGCAGCUUCGUGUCCAAGUUCGCACUUCCCGCUCUGCUCUUCAAAAACAUGGUGCUGCUGGACUUUGGCGAUGUAAUCUGGCCGUUUUUCUUUAGUAUUUUGGUGGCUAAAGUGUCUGUGUUCUUCUUUGUGUGUGUCCUCACACUGUUGGUGGCGGACAGAGAGAGCCGUUUCUCCAAAGCUGGCCUCUUCUCCAUAUUUGCCACACAGAGUAAUGACUUUGCUCUGGGGUUCCCUAUAGUUGAAGCUCUGUACCGAAACACUCAUCCUGAGUAUCUGCAGUACAUCUACCUGGUGGCCCCCGUCUCCCUCAUGGUCCUGAACCCGCUAGGCUUUGCUCUCUGUGAGGUGCAGAGGCGGAGGACAGGGGAACCUCAGCCGCAGAGGAAGCUGGAGGUGCUGGGUUCGGUGCUCCUUCAGGUGGUCAAGAACCCUAUCGUCUUCAUGGUGGUGAUCGGGCUCGUUUCUCACUUCCUGCUGGGCCAGAAGAUCCCGGCCUUCAUGCAGGAGUUUGUAGAUGGUCUGGCGAACUCAUUCGGAGGAGCAGCGCUGUUUUAUUUGGGUCUGACCAUGGUGGGGCAGCUGAAAAAGCUCACCCGCUCCACUGUGGUGGCACUUAUUCUCCUCAUCACGGCAAAACUGCUGGUGAUGCCUCUGAUCUGUAGAGGGAUGGUUGAGGUCUUGGACCGUGGAAGCAGGAGCUUGUUGAACCACACCAGUCUGUCAAACUACGCUUUCCUGUAUGGAGUCUUCCCCACGGCCCCGAGUGUGGCCAUAUAUGCAUCACAUUACAACAUGGAGCUCGAAGUGGUGACCUCAGGGAUGGUGAUCGGCACGUUUCUGUCUGCUCCCAUCAUGUUUGUGUCGGCCUGGCUGUUGACCAUCCCGUGGAUGGACUCGGAUCCACUAGCGUCAGCGCUGCAGCACGUCAGCUUCAACAUCAGCAUCAUCAGCCUCUUUGCAUUGGUGUGGAGUGUUGCAGUCAUGCUACUGAGCAGAAAAUUUCACAGAAUUCCUCACAUUUUCACCAUUAAUCUCUUUGUGGCGCAGCUAUUAGCCUGUGUUGGGAUGAUAGCGUGGAAAUUCAUGGCGGAGCAGGACAACUUCCUGGGUCAGGUGUUGACCUUUACUCUACUGUACGGCUCUCUCUACAGCACCUAUAUUUGGCCUGGUCUGAUCGCUCUGUCUCUGCUCUUCGUGAGGAGACGUGAGGAGGUGAACUUCAGGCCAGGGCUCACUGUGAUCACUGGCUGGGGUGUCCCAGUUCUGGCUGUGAGUGUCCUCCUCCUAACAGGGGAAAGAUUACCAAACACUAUCGACUCUGCAUUCUUUUAUGGAAAGACACAGGUGACGUGCACGUCUGUGGUGUUAUUCGGGAGCAUUGUGUUGUGUGGCGUCUCGCUCACACUACUCAGCAGACGAACUCAAGACUAUCACAGCCUUGAACGUGGAUCGCUGUCGGACAGCGAGGAGGACACACACACAGAUAUAGGCAGCAUCAACACAGACUGUCAGAUGUGCGAGUGUGUGUGUGGCCCUCUGCAGUCCGUCCCUGACACGACAAGCACCAGAGAGGAAACACCUAUCCAAACAGGUCAGUGUAGCCAGCAGUGUGCGUCCACCAGCUGUCUGCUGGUCGAAGAGGAACAGAGAGAGGCAGACAGACAGAACACAGACAUACAGUCGACAAGACAUGUGCUUGUGUGUCUGUUACUGACCGUCAGUCUGCUCGCUAAUCUCUCCAGCUGUCUGUGGUGGCUCUUUAAUAAAGAUCCAGGCCGGCUGUAUCUGGAGCUGCAGUUCUUCUGUGUCGUGGCUAACUUUGGGCAGGGUCUCAUUUCAUUUGCCUUUUUCGGCCUUGACAAGCAUUUGAUUAUUUCUCCAUUCAGAAAGAGGUUAGCGAGCCUGUGGCAGGGCUGGGGUCAGGAGGUCACCGGCUCUGCAGCGUCCGAGGAGAUCAGACUGACCUGUACUCAGUUCCUCACAUAUCAUAAGGAGCAGUGUGUCAGAGACAUCGUUCACAAAAAAAGGUGUGGAGAGAGCAGCAGCACAGAGACGUUUCUGGGCAGUGAUCUGGUGCGCUGGCUGCAGAGCGUGGGGUUGUCCCGCGCCCCGGACGAGGCUCUGGCGUACGGCUGUCGUCUGCUGGAGGGAGGAGUCAUCCAACACAUCUCUCUCCAGCACGGCUUCCAGGAUCAAGCCCUGCACUACCGCUUCACCUAGAGGCUGACACACGCACAGUUCACUGAACUAGUUGUUCUACUGAUACUAUAGCAAUAGUCAGAUGUGGAAGUAGUUAGUUAUAUGAGGUCUUGAGAACUUUAGCUACCUCACACAGACCAGGGUGACUGGAAAUCCUGGCCAUCUCUUUUAGUUUAUUUCAUUAUUAUAGUCAUUAAUAUAUAUAUUAUUAGUAUUAUUGAAGUGUCUGACAUAUUCAUUUAACUGUUGCUGCAGUUUCGUAAUCAGAUUAUUAUUAUUUGUUUUACAUUAUUAUUAUUAUGUGGACAGUUAGUUUUUUUUUAUUUUAUUUAAGUCAUGCCAACUUACAGUUCCCACAAUAAAACAUUUCCCCCGGAUGAAUCCUUCCGGACUGAUUAACUUCAAUGAAAGUGUUUAUUGACUGCAUGGGACAUUUGUGCUUCACACAAAGAAUAUAUUUAGGCUUUUUAUAAUAAUUUUAUAAUAAUACAUUUAUGUAAUUCAGAGGUGAAUAUACCCAGCCCCCAAAAAACUAAACAUUUGAGCUUAUCCUUUAAAUGAAAGUACUAUUCUGUAUGUACAUGUUACAGUACAUUAUAGUAUAAUAACUGGGAGAAUAACUUAGCUUAUACUUCCCAGUACUUUAUUUGGGAAGUACACCAUAAGUGCAUAUACUGUAAAAUAAAGUGCAAUCCAUUUAAUAAACAAAACUGUAAUAGAAUUAUUGUUUUUUUGACAACAAACAGUGUAUGUGUGACUACUAAAGGAACAAUACCAAAGACAAAAUGGUUCAAAACGCAGUCACAUCUCCAUUAUUUUUGUAGCGUAAUUCCAAGUGAUUCAUUAUCUUCACAGAAUUGAUUGGGUUCCUCUCAUAUCCACAUGAGUGAGGGCGCCAGAUAUUCGUUGGGUUUCCCUCUGGAUUAUAAACACACUUCCAACACUGUGGUGAUUUAUCAGUAUUGAGUUGGUCUCUGAAACCUGAAUUCAGUGAAACAACAAUAAAGACUUGCUCAUUG